AUGGUGGACUGCCAGAACAAUGCAUUCUGGCGCGGUAUCGACUCCUUCGCUGAGAUAUCCAACGACUUGGUCAUUCUAACGGACCGCCAAGGGAAGAUCGUAUACGGCAACUCCCAAUCAGAGGCAUGGACUGGGUUCAAAGCUGAGGAGCUCAUCGGUCGCGACAUAAAGAUGCUCAUGCCCGACAGAGUGGCGGUGAGUCACGACUCGUUGCUACAGCAGUUCGUGAAGAAGGCAGACGAGGCCAUGGCGAUGGACCCUACUCGACGCCCGAAGAUAAACGUGGACGAGAGUAGGAAUGUCGAAGUGAAGCACAAGGAUGGGCAGGUUACUCCAAGCUCGUUGUUCGUAUCGAUACUUUUCGACUCGGAUCCUGGCGACUACAAGCUAUGUGCUAUACUACGAGACUGCACCAAGAUAUGUGAGUUAGAGCAUAAGAAGGAUAGCUUCAUGGCAACAGUGAAUCAUGAGCUCAGAACUCCUCUGAAUGGCGUCAUUGGUCUCUCGGAAUCGCUCAGGAUGACAGAGCCCAAUCCGGGGAGAAAGAAGCAUUUGGAUAUUAUUAAUAACUGUGCAGUUAGAUUGUUGGCAUUGGUGAAUGAGAUUAUGGACAUAGCGGCGUUGAAGGCGAAGAAGAUGCAGUUGAAUUUUGGUAUGGUUAAUGUGAACGAGAUAUGUGAGCAAGUAUGUGGAGAGAUGAUGGAGGCAGUGGACAAGAGAGGAAGGAAGAUCAAGAAGGACAAGGUCGAUCUAGACUUCAUACCGGACCCCGCAUGCCCUGAGGUUGAAGGCGACAAGGAGAGGUUGCACUAUGUGAUGUCGGCUAUGGUCAAUAACGCGUGCAAAUUCACAUCGAAGGGAUCAGUGAAGGUGAUCACCAAGGGCAAGGCCAGAGGGGUACUAAUUAAGAUUGUAGACACGGGUAUUGGCAUUGCUGAUGACAAUGUGAAACGAAUAUUCACAGAGUUUGAGCAAGAGGAUGACGAUCACGAAAAUCGCAAGUUCGAGGGUCUGGGCUUGGGGCUGUCAGUAUCGAAUGAAGUUAUCAAUCUGCAUGGUGGAAGAUUAUGGUGCGAGUCGGAGCCGGGCCGAGGGACCACAUUCUUCAUUGACUUGGUGUCCAACGCUCGUGAAGUGGUGGAUGCUCGAAGCAAGAAGCGUGCUCAGAAGAAGGAGUUGACACAGAAAAUGGUUAUGGCUGACGAGGGUGUAGCUGGCGAAGGAGAUGACCUGGAAGAUCUACAGAACACCAUCAACGAGCUCGCGGUGAAGGAAGUGUUGAUUAUUGAUGACAGCGAUGACACUGCGACGAUACUGCGCCCAAUGCUGGUGGAUCGAGCCUAUAAGACCAAUACGGUUACCGAUGGUUUCGCGGCUUUGGAUUACUUCAAUAUGCACCCGAUGCCUGAUAUAGUGAUUAUGGAGACGGAACUGCCUGGCAACUUGCCCGGCCUGGACUUCUUGAGUCAGUUCAGGAGAGAGAAGCCACCGGAGGUACCGAUACUGGUGAUUACUAAGUCAAAAGAGACGUCUAGUCACCUUGAGGCUAUACGGAGAGGGGCUACAGCAGUCUACACGAAGCCUGUCACAGAGGAGAAGCUACCCAUCAUCAUUGACCACAUUUUCGCCCUUAUACGAAACCGUUAUCAUGUUCAACAUGAGAACAAGGCGAAAGUCAACUACGAGGUGAUGGGCCGGGUGAUGCCAAAAUUCAUCAUUAAUCGAUUAAGGGGAGGUGCCACAAUGAUUGCGGAUAAGUUGGAAUGUGUCAGCUGCGUGGCGGCGGUUGUGCAUCAGUUUCCUCUCAUCACGCAGGCGGUGCCGGUUACACAAUUGGUUGUUCUGAUGAAUAAAAUGACGAAUAGUUUCGACCAGCUCUGUAAAGACAAUGGGAUGUAUUCUGUGCUUUCUAAUGGGGAGCGAUUUCUGGCUGUGUGCGGGCAUGAGUCGACGAAUGAUGAGCAUACAGAAGUGGCCUUGAGAUUUGCUAGCAAGCUGUUGAAGGCCGAGCAAUUGAAAAUCGGCAGCACUGGGCAAACCAUGAAGCUCAAAAUAGGCGUAAACACAGGCCUGGCCUAUGCUGGUGUCAUCGGCGGCCGAGCCAAGGCUCCACAGUACGCCUUCUUCGGACCGGGGGUGCAGAUUGCCGAGUGGCUCGCUGAAACGGGUGUUCCCUCCCACCCACAUGUCGGCAAUGAGACUUACAAGUUGAUUAUGAGAGAGCAUGAGGGUUCGGGCCUGUUCUCAUUCCAAGAGAGAGGCGAGCUCAGAGUAUCAGACUCUGAGACCCUCCAGACGUGGUUGUUCAAGGAGAAGGCCGACCAAGACUUGUGCCACUUGAAGGCUUUGGGCGUCCUCACAGUCGGUGGGGCAACGGGUGAUGAUUCCGGAGACAUGCUUGAACGUAUACAAGAGUUGGAAGCAGAGCUCAGUAUUCUACAUGGAACCUCCGCCUCUAUAGCAGCAACAGCUACUGCCAUCGGCAACGACGGCGGAGUAGCUCAGAAGGCGACAUCACAGGCCGACCUCAUACAGGAGCAGCUCCGACGAAAAGGAACCAUCAACGCUAACAAUGCCAUAAGUCUAGUGGAACCCAUGGAGCGCAUCUGUGAGACUCUGAUGGAAGUAGUAGCGUAUGCAGAGGAAGAGGAGGGUCGGGCUGCGGAACUGCUGGAGAGGAAAGUGAUGCCCCAGAGUGCUGCUGGAGGGAAGCUAAUGGAGGAAGGAGGAAGAAGUGCUGGGGAGGCUUCUGGGCAUCCGAUAUUGCUCAGACUAGCAGACCUAGAGGGUCGGAUCAAAGAGCUCAACUCUCAAGCAACAGAGGCAAAUGUGGAGGCGAGAAGGGCUCAUAGGGUUCUGAGGGACCUUGUCAAGAUUGGUUUCCACGUGGGGGACCAGACAGACAUGGUGCCGUCGCAAGAGAAGGCGGAAGAGAUGAUAACAUCGAUGGAGGAAGUGGUGAACUCGAUCGUCAUGGCCACCGGUCUCGCACAAGAGAUCGAAUCUGAGCAGAAGAGGAUAGCUGCUGAAGAGGCGGUCGUAGAAGAGGAGGAGAAUGACAACGGCUCGGAGGCUGAUGGGGGAGGGGGGAAGGAAGAUGGUGAUGGGGUAGAUCAAGUGGGAGUAGGCUCCGACGAUGCUAUGCAUCCAUUAAUAAAAACUAUGAGGACUCUUCAGAAGGAGAUAGACUUUAUACAGGACUAUGUGGCCGAUACAGAAGACCUAUUGGAGGCGGUCACCGGCGGCACGGCGGCUAACACUAGUGAACCGCAAGGCUUGUUCGGGCUGCAGGUUCAGCAGUUGCAGACGGCGCUUCUGGCAAAGGAGGAGGAGUUGAAGCGGCUCGAGGAGCAGCUGAAUAGCCGUGGGGAGGAGGCUCAGAUUGUUGUGAAGUUGCAGAAGGACCUCACUGAUACUGAGAUACGUCGGGGAUGCCUACAGGGCGAAUUAGAAGCCACUAAAAUGGAGAUCAGCCGGUUGAAAACGAAAGGUUAUGUACUAAAACAGAGAGAGCGGAGAUCUCCUAUUACCGAGAUGUCGCGGAGGAGUGGUACUGACACUGAAUCGGCGGACGUGGAGGGACUGCGACGGCUGCUUGCGGCUAAGCAGGCCGAAGCAGAGAUGUACAAGUCGUCAGUCGCUGACCGUCCGCUCAACAACGCCGCAGCGGUGAUGAAGCAACAGAAUGAUAUCAUCCACCAGCUCAAUAACGAGAUUGUGAAGAUGCAGAAUGAGGCUGCUGCUAGGGCUGGGGGGAAAUCAGGCCACACUGCUUUGGUCGCGGGUGAAAGGGCUAAUAGACAAAUCAAGGACCUUCAGGAAGCGCUGCUGAACGCGCAACAAGACGUGAAGCAUCUUAUGCUGGAGAUGAGAUACCAUCACGGCAAGACAUCACAGCUUGCUAGUGACAACCAAAUAUUGGCGAAGGACAAUCAGACAAUGCAGGCGAAGCUGUUAGCGAUGGCCAGCAAGAUGGAACUUAUGCAGCAGGUCUCGUACCAUCUUCUGCCCACCUUCUCUAACCACUUGCCUCCUCAGACACUGCGACAUAGGGAGAUAGAGCUGGCUGAUCCACGGCAUAUGAUCAGACAGGCCAGGGAUCAGAUGUUGCUGCCCGGCGACAAGGUAUCCGGUCUGAUCAAGGUCGGUUUCGGACGACAGGGCUACGGCAUGCCUCCUUCGUUGGGUCUAGGGCAUCCAGUCACGUCGUCCAACGGUCAUGACCCCCCACAGAGCUCUACCCUCAUGGUAGAGGAGCUCAACAACGCAGGCCCCUCCUCUGAACGGCGUAUGGGCACUACCGAGCGAACGCGGCCCCUCUACGAUGGCUAUGCGGAGACGAGACACUUCUGA